AUGAGGCCAUCAGAAAAUUGGCGUAGUGUAUUCUUGCUUCCGCAGAGCACCAAGAAGAAAAAAAAGAACAGCAAGGGCAGCUCUUCACCAUCGUCACCGAAACUGUCCUUUCCAGACCUUCAGUGGGAGCCAAAGACGGCAACAGAACGUCGGCACACCAUGACUGGGCCCAGCCCUCGCUCUAUGCUCAGCGUCCAAAGCCCCGAUUCCGACAUCUCGCCCGGGACCCCAGUGCAGCCCACCGACCAGACAAAAUCGGACUACUUCUCCAUCGAGUCGCAGAGGAAGGAUGACGAGAUCAAGGCCAACGAUGCAGAGCCAUUGAGCCGAGCGACGACGCUUUCGAGCUACGCAAGCCCCUCCCCCCUCGACAGCGCAACAGGGAGCUUUUCUGCUGAAUCGUCACGGACCGAAUCAUAUGGAGGAAGGCCAAGAGGGUCAUCGACAGCGUCGUUGAGCUUUGCGCCGCUACGGAACCCGUCGCUGCCUCAGGGCAACCAGAAGAAGACGGACAAGGAGCGUAUCAGGGCCUCGUCGCCUCCCCCCGAAAGGUUUGGUCAUGGGGCCUUUCUGUUCGAUGCGUGUGAGAUCGUGGAGUUGUCGCAUCUACGCCAAACCGAUCCCUCCACUAGCCCGGAAGCCUCGGACCAAGACGUCAAUCCCACGGCCACCUUCUCUGCAGCAAUGCCGCAGAUCUGGAUGCAGGAGUUGCCGUCGCUGCUCAGACAGCCCUCUCCGGGCGCCGACUGCAGCGUCAGGAUCGGGAUGGCGGGGUCGGGCCACUCGGCCAGCAGCGGCCUCGGUCUGUUACGAUUCCAGUCACAUGUCGCAUUCGAUAACCUACCGCUGGGCGAGGCAACUAAGAACAAUACGCUCUCGCUCACGUUAAAUGUCCGACACCGAGGGUAUCAGGCGCAACGACGAUCGCGGACCUUCAUGGUCGGCGUCGACGAGCAUGCUUAUUCCGACUAUGCGUUGCAGUGGCUGCUCGAUGAGCUGGUCGACGAUGGAGACGAGGUUGUCUGUGUGCGUGUGAUUGAAAAGGAACUACGAGCCGCCGAAACCAAUAAGAUAUACCAGGAAGAGGCGAAGAAGGUCAUGGAUGGCAUCCUGAAGCGCAACGGUCUCAACCGGGCCAUCAGUAUCGUGCUGGAGUACGCGAGCGGAAAGCUUCACGCGACAUUCCAGCGACUGAUUCAAAUCCACCAACCUGCAAUGCUCAUUGUUGGCACGAGAGGCAGGUCUCUCGGCGGCCUCCAAGGUCUAGUCAAUACGCGCAAUUCUUUUUCCAAGUAUUGUUUGCAGUACUCGCCUGUUCCUGUCGUCGUCGUCCGCCCGACGGAGAAGCGGGAGAAAAAGAAGAAUAAGAGAAAGAACGACACGGAACGGCAAACGUAUGUCAGGAUGCUGUCAGCGACAGGCGGAAAGCACGAGGCCGAUAGCGAGAGAAGCAGCAUGUACGAAGUGGAAGUGCAUAACACAGCGGACGAAGAGGCCCAUCAGGUCGCCAAAGCGCUAGGACUACCAGCGGCAUUUGACCCGACCAUCAAGCCAGUCGACCUGAACACCCUAUUGCACCCGAGACCCCAGUCAUUGCCGUCCAACCUCUCGCAAAUGAGUAGCGCGGGCCCCGGCAGGUCGUCCGCGCCGCCCAGUACCGCCGGCGAUAGCGAGGAGGAGGAUGAAGACGACGAGGACGAAUUUGAGACAUUUUCUGGCGACCAGCUCAUCAACUCAUCGCAAAUGGACAAACUUCAUAAGAUGGAGGCCAAUGAGGCGGCAGCCCUCAAGCAAAGAAAGUCGAGUCUGGACUCUAGUGCCAGUGGGGUAGAUGAUGACGAAGACGAGGAGUCGAAAGCGUCGCGACACAGCAGCAACAGCUGA